AUGUACUCCAAAGCCGCCGCCUCCGCCGCUCCUGCCCCAUCAUCCACUUCCAAUGGCCAAAACAACUGGGCCACGGACACCCCCGGCCCCGCCUCCUUCGAUUUCCGCUCCGACGUCGUCACGACCCCAACAGCCAACAUGCUCCGCGCGAUCUCGCAAUGCACGCUCCUCGACGACGUCUUCGUCGAAGACCCGACCACCAAGUCCCUAGAAUCCUUCAUCGCGUCCCUAACGGGCCACCCCGCAGCACUUCUCGUGCUCAGCGGUACAAUGGGGAACCAAGUCGCGCUGCGCGCACACUUGCAGGGGCCGCCACAUAGCGUGCUGUGUGACCACCGCGCACAUAUCCUGGAGUGGGAGGCGGGCGGCGUGGCGAGUCUGUGCGGUGCAUUGGUCAAGGGGGUCGUGCCGCGCAAUGGACAUCAUUUGACGCUGGAGGAUGUGGUGAAGAACGCUGUUGUGUCGGAGGACGUGCAUGCGUGUCCGACGCGGGUGAUUAGUUUGGAGAACACGCUUGGGGGGACGGUUUUGCCGCUUGAGGAGUGUCGGCGCAUUGCGGCUUGGGCGAGGGAGCGCGGUAUUAUCAUGCAUUUGGAUGGGGCGAGGUUGUGGGAGGCUGUUGUUGCAGGUGCGGGAAAGCUGGAGGAAUAUUGUGACUGCUUCGAUAGUGUGAGUCUUUGCUUUAGCAAGGGGCUUGGCGCGCCGAUCGGAUCUAUUAUCGUUGGCCCUGAGGCCUUCAUCAAGCGGUCGAGGUGGAUACGAAAGAGUAUUGGUGGUGGACUACGGCAGGCCGGUGUCGUGUCUGCUGCCGCGAGAGUGGGUGUCGAGGAGACUUUCCUGGGCGGCAAGCUGGAGCAGAGUCACAAAAACGCGAAGAGGGUGGCCAAAAUGUGGCAGGAUCUCGGUGGCAAGCUGCAGUAUCCUGUCGAGACGAACAUGGUCUGGCUGGACAUCGAAGACGCGAGCAUCGAUGAAGAUCGGCUGAUUGAAGCAGCCGAGAAGGUGGGUCUACGGAUGAUGGGCGGCAGACUAGUGGUGCACUAUCAGGUCUCUGAUGAGGCUUUGCAGAGACUGGAGGGUCUGAUGAAAGAGGUUUUAGGCAAAGGGCGUUCGAAUGGCGUGCCAAACGGAGAAGUAUCAAUACCAGCCGAAGAUAUGAAGAUCAACGUUGAAUGA